UUGUGUCUCCUGGCAGAAAGAGAAACACUUUCAGCGGCAGCGUGGAGAGACAGAAGGAGUUGUGGUCGAAAACUGAGUUUCUGAAACCUUGAAGGCAUCGUGUAGAGAAACCAGUACAGAAACUAGAAAAGCAGUUUCUUUAAAUCCGUUUGUGCCCCCUCUGAGGUGGCUUACAAGAAGUCAGCCUGUGUAUGAAGGAAGCUAAAAAGGGGAAGUCUAGAAAGCCAGGAAAUCACCCGCAGUAAACUCAGUCUGUCGCUUCUUUGCUACUUGUGGUCCAACGACUCCCCAAAAACUGAGGCUGAAACUCAUGUCUGGAUGGACAUAACCAGGUAUUCGCUUGCUUACGGAAAGUCUUGGACCGACUAUGAAGCUCUCUCCUGCUCUUCCUAUACUGUGGUACAGCUUCCUCCUGCUGCUGAGGGUCUCGCAGAGUGAACUUGAGGACUACGAUGAAGACGUCGAAACCCAUUUUACUAACAUGACGGAGUCAGUCGAUGAAAYAGACGAUGGAUGCGAUGAAAUAGAGGAAGAUUCAGAGGAAGCGUCUGUCGCCUGUACGGUCUCCCGAACGAACAAGCUCAACUGUUCCUGGUCGAUCUACAUUCUGGAGUCGGGUGCUCAGCUGUCCGUUUCUGUCAGCUUUUUUGAGAAUAAGCGCCUGGUCGAUUCUCGGAACCAAAGCUCAGCGAACGGCGAUGGCUUCAUAUCCUGGACGAUCGAUGGCGGCCAGGAAAAGUCUGUCAUCGUCGAGUUUGACGUGCUCCUGCGUGGCAACAGGACGUGUUACACCGCCGAGUUCAAAGAGGAGCAAUUGAAUAUCCUGGAUCCUCCGGGAAACAUUGAUGCAUCGAUCCGGGACGGGAACCUUCAUGUAAACUGGGAUGUGCCCAGCAGUCAUAUUUAUGCACAUUGUUUUGAUUACCAGCUGGACAUCGGUGACCAGGAAAAACCAAGAAACUUUUCAGGUAAACUGGAACACAUAGAGCUAAAUGCUGCGGCUCACAAAUACAAGGUGAGGAUGAGGACGAAGAUACUGAAAUCUUGCUACGGGUGCACCCAGUGGAGCGAGUGGAGCCCCACAGUCAUUCUUCCAUCCUGUUCCAACAACUAGGCCCGAGGAAGAAAUCACUGAGGUGGAGGACGCAGAGCAACCCCCCGUAACAAGCCAUUAAAACAGUUCAGUGUGAAGACGUGUUCACUGCCAKUACUUAUGUUGAUGAGCCAGCACACAUAGAUACAGGGCUUGUAAUGCUGCAGAUAUAUAACAGCUUGUGUAGAAAUUGUAUUGAAAUGUGUUCAUAAUCWUCUUCUGUGGAGCCUGGUCUAAAGUCACGUCAAUGAUUCAUAUUUUUAAUUGAAUCUGGAAAACAAUAUGCAAGAUUGUGAAUUUUGGAGCAAAAAAUAGUUAUUUACAGACUGAAAUUGUGAAACGUCUUGCCACAGGUAUAGAAUGUAAGACUUUUUAAGACCGUUGUGAAGGAAGUUUAAGACCUGCAUCACCACAGAAAUGUACAAAAGGAGACUGCAUAUUUUAUAUAACAGUGCCAAGCUUUUUUAAGCACAUAAUGCUUGCAGCUUCGUACGAGUUGACAACAGAAGUGUCAACCCAUACAAUAAUUUACACUUACCAAAGAGACGCAAAAGAGCUAGCUAAMUAGCUAACAAGGGUUUAUYAGCARCUAGUUAGCGRUAGCCUGGAGUCACAGAACACAAUAAAGAAUUCAAACUUUUGCCUGACAGAAAAGUCUCACAAGAGGAAUAAACUACAUAGAAUAUGACAUAAAAAUCAUCCUUCCACAACAUUUUAAGACCUGURAUUAAUGUACUUAAAGUCAACUUGCAUUAUUUAAAAUUAAUUCAAGACAUUUUAAGGCUUUAGUUUUAGACGCAUGAAUUCAAGACUUUUUAAGGCUCUGCUAUAUGGGUGGUAAAUGUUUGAAGAAACUGAACCCGCAGAGAARUAUCAAACCUGACACUCUAUUAGUAGAUUCUUCUUUAACGGAAAAAACCAAAACAUUUUUAAAGUAACCUGUUGGCUGGACGUUAAUUUUGAAAAACUCCACAAGGAGAAAUGACUGAGGUGAUCUGAAACAAAACAACCAGAGUUAAAACGAUUGUUCGUCUGGGUUUGUCUAUUACAUUAGAACAUUUUAAUUUAAACCCAUGUCAACACACAGAGGAUAUCAGUAUAUCAGCAAUUUGUAAAACAUGGUGGAGGAUUUCUUGUAGUUCAGUGGAGGUCUUGACAUCUUUUAAUGAGAAGCCAACAGAGAAGGGCUGCUAUGGCAAAAUAAACUGGAACUAAAUACUGACCUGGAAUUGUACAAACUCUGUUACAUAUCAGAUGUUUGUUUGCACAUGUUUUGAGUGUUUUGUCGUCCGAUUUCCCCCGUCGUACCUGCAGAAUCUGAAGAGAGGGAGGUGGUUUAAGAUUUUUUGCACAUGUGUAUUAAGCUGAGAUUGUUCCAGUUUUUAUAUUCAAUGUUCUGCAAAACUUGAACUCUUUGUAAUGUUUAAUAAAACUGAGUUCUUGAGUAUUCCAUUC